AUGGCAGAUGGACGCGAGAAUCCAGAGGGAUUCGAGGAUGACACGCUGCCGGAGGAAGAGGAGGCGCCUCUGAACACCGGAGAUGACGAGGAAGGAGAGGAUCUCCUUGGGGACAACAUGAUGGACGACUACCGGGACCAGCCGGAGGAGGACCACUACGAUCCGGAGAUGCUCGAUGAUGGCCCACACGAGCCCCUGACCAUGGCGACGCGCUUGGCAGCGGAGCGAGAGAUGGAGGCGCGAGAUCGCCGAGAAGGCCGUGCCGGCAGGUCCCCCUUGGGCCACACCGCCGACUCACCAAGACGUCCAGCGGCUGCGGCUGUAGAGACGCCCUUCAAGAAGCGACUCUCCGACUGGAACAGCUCGCCUGUGAGCGGCUCCAGGGGUGGAUCAGACUUGGACGAUACCUCGACCAAGAAGAGGAAGCGCACACAGCACUACGAUGAUGAGGACGGCCAGGACGAAGAUGUGCACGAGAGCCAGUACGACCUGAACCAAGAGAGGCUUACUCCUGGUGUGGAGGUUGAAAAGCGUGUGGCAGACAAGAUCCGACUGUCCUUCCAGCAGUUCCUGAUCAAGUUCGUCGCAGAGGGCCAGGUCGUCCCAAAGUACCCAGAUGCCCUCCGGAAGAUGGCUGAAGAGUACCAAGCCCAUUUGGAGGUAAGCUUCCAUCACCUGCAACAGUGGAGCGGUCCGCUUGCCAUGUGGCUCUACGAUUCUCCCAGACAGAUUUUGCCACUCUUGAACGAGACGCUGAUGUUGCAGGCUGCUCGGAAGUUCAAGACUUACGAAACGAUGGCCAACGUUGGUGAGAAUGAGCUUCGGGUUGCGAUCAGCGGUUUCCCGGUGAAAGACACCAUUCGAGGGCUUUGCUCACGCCACAUGAACAAGCUCAUCCAGGUGAAGGGCGUUGCGACGAAGCGAACAAACGUGUUCAAUCAAGUGAGGCGGUUGUGGGUGCGAUGUGCCAAGUGCAAUUUUGCUAUGGGGCCUCUGGAUGUAGCCGAGGAGACGGAUCUGCGGCCGUCCAAGUGUCUCGAGUGCCAAUCGAAGGGCCCUUGGCGGGUAGAUCGCCAGCAGACCAUCUACCAGAACUAUCAGAAGAUCACGUUGCAGGAGAGCCCAAGCGCAGUGGAUCCCGGGAAAAUGCCCCGAUCGAGAGAAGUGGUCCUGACAGGAGACAUGGUUGACACCUGCCGUCCUGGGGAUGAGCUGGAGGUGACCGGCAUCUACAGGUGCUUGCACGAUGUUGCAACGAAUGCACGCACAUGCUUCCCAGUCUACCGAACGGACAUCUAUGCUGUCCACGUGUCUCGCAAGGGCGACUUGAAGUUGGUCGAGAUAUCCGACGAGCAGCACAGUCAAAUCUUGGAGCUGGCGAAGAGCCCGAAUUUCCGUGAAAGGUUCAUCGCCUCCAUGGCACCUUCGAUUUAUGGCAUGUGGCAUGUCAAGACAGCGAUCGCGCUGAGCAUCAUGGGUGGCAGGCAGAAGGAGGUAGCAGGGAAGCACCGCAUCCGCGGUGACAUCAACACUCUCAUCGUCGGGGACCCCGGAUUGGGCAAGAGCCAGUUCCUGAAGUACGUUGAGCAGAUCUUCCCUCGGGCAGUCUACACAACAGGCAAAGGAGCCAGUGCCGUGGGUUUGACUGCGGCUGUGACCCGUGAUGAGACAGGACAGUGGUGCCUGGAGGGUGGUGCCAUGGUCUUGGCAGAUGAUGGCAUGUGCCUGAUCGAUGAGUUCGACAAGAUGAACGACCAAGAUCGGACUUCGCUUCACGAAGCCAUGGAGCAGCAGUCCAUAUCGAUCUCCAAGGCUGGAAUCGUCGCCACUCUGCAGGCGCGAUGCGCCGUCGUGGCAGUGGCGAAUCCUACAGAGGGAAGAUACGACCCGCAGAGGACCUUUUCCCAGAAUGUCAACCUGAGCGAUCCCAUUCUCAGCCGCUUCGAUCUCACGUGUGUCCUGCGAGACGAAGCUGAUCCGGUGCAGGACGAGAUGUUGGCGGACCACGUCGUGUGCAGUCACAUCCGUUCGCAUCCCGAUGCAACCACCGAGGAGAAGAACAAAAAGCCAAGGCUGCAGCAUCAGCAAAUGCAUGCUCAGCCAAUCAGUCAAGAUCUCCUCAAGAAGUUCAUUGUCCACGCCCGCCAGCUCUCGCCCAAAAUGGGCGACGUCGAUGCCGAGAAGCUCGCGGCCUUCUACUCCGAGCUGCGGGGAGAAGCAGCCCGGACUGGUGGUGUGCCGAUGACAGCACGGCACAUGGACUCGCUCAUCCGGCUGGCAGAGGCCAAUGCUCGCAUUGAACUCCGGCAGCAUGUGACUUCAAAAGACAUUGACAAUGCAAUUGCAGUGAUGCUGGAGUCCUUCAUCCAAAGUCAAAAGCACCAGGUCGCGGAGGAGAUCCGCAAAAAGUUCCGGCGAUACCUGAACAGCGGACCACUGGGCGACCAGGUGUGUGCACUCUUGGAAAAGCUCUUCAAGAAGAAGGUGAUCCAGCUUCAGCUUAGCCGGCCCUCCAAGGAUGUGGAGCUGGCAGAAGUCUUCCUCGAGGUUUCGGAGGCUGUCCGUGCUCUUGAGCAGAACGGGCUGGCAGUGGAGGAUGUCAGCAGCCUCAUGGGGUCACCACGCGUUCUGCAGAGCUUCCGCCUUGAGGGCGAGCGGCUUUACCGAGUCCUCUAG